AUGGAGGGUGCUAAGGCUUCAUCGCCAUUUGCGUUUUACGCAUUUUAUCAACUAUAUUCACAUUUGAAUCUGGGGAAGACGAUCACUCUUUCUUUAGAAGAUAUCACAAAAAAGUUAUACCCCGGCUUUAAAAUAGAUUACAAUGAGAAAACUUCUUUGUUCAUAACUUGGAAGAAAAAAUCUAAUAAACAUCAUAAAGUUGACUCUGAUCAGGAGAAUUAUAUACUUAGAGGAUGUAUCGGUACAUUUGCCAAAAUGCCCAUUGCACAUGGUAUCGAGAAGUAUUCCUUGAUUGCGGCUUUAGAAGAUAGGAGAUUUUCUCCGAUCCAAAAAAGGGAAUUGACAGACUUGAAAUGUAGCUGCAACAUUUUGGGCAGCUUCAAAACUAUCUUUCAAGGUGGUAAUAAUCCAAACGGGGACAUUUUCAAUUGGGAGCUUGGAAAGCACGGUAUUGAGCUGUAUUUCAAGCACCCCAAAACAGGCUCCACAUGUAGCGCGACCUUUUUACCUGAUGUUAUGACUGAGCAACAUUGGAAUAAAGAAGAUACUUUUGUCAAUUUAAUAGAGAAGGCGGGCUACUGGGGAAAUAUCAGUGAAGUAAUGGAUAAUUUUGAGACUUACUUUAUUGAAGUGAUAAGGUACGAAGGCAAGAAAAGUUCAAUUACUUUUGACGAGUUCAAAAAGCAGCUAAAAGAUAUAGAGACUGGGAAAUAA